UAUAUAUAUAUAAACAAACAAAAAAGAAAUGAGUUUUCAUAAACUUGAUGAUUGUAUACAAAAGCUUCAAGAUUUCAAUUCUCAAAUUCAAGAUGGUAUUGAAAUAAGCUACAAGGUUGCCUAUGAUUGUGAAGAAAAUGAAUCAGGAACAGAGAUUGUGGAUAAGUUGCAUGAAGUUAUGAUUCAAUAUGCAAAAUUAAAGCGCGACCUUAAACAAUGUUGUGAGGCAGCAAAUGAUUCCAAAAAUCAGUUUCAGAGUGUUUUAAGCAGAAAUAAUGGAAGUCAGGAAAUCGGGAAUUUUUGUGAAGUCUACAAUAAAAAUCUUGAAGCACUCCAAUCUAGAAACACAGAUGUUGAAUUAAACGAAUUUACUCAUGUUGUAGAUUUCAAGAAUACUGUUUGGAAUCAGCAUCAUAAAUUAUAUGAACCUUCCAAUGUUGAUAACGAUUGUGAAUUGGAAGUUACCCAAGAUAAAACAAAUCAAUACAUUUGUCCCAUUACAAAGACCGAAUUUGUUGAUCCAAUGAUAAAUACAGAAUGCGGUCAUUCAUAUAGCAAAGAAGCCAUACUUUCUCAUAUUCAGCUAAGUAAACGGAAAUGUCGAUGUCCAGUUGGUGGUUGCAUUCAACUUGUAAGAUUGGAAAGUCUAAAACCAAAUAAUGUUAUUUCUUUUCAGAUGAAAAAUUUGUGCAAAACCUAUUGGCAGUUUUAUUUACUUAAGCUUUAUUUUUUUAUUGCAUUUUUCACACUACUUUUUAAUAUUUUACAAAAAUUUUAAAAUUAUAAAAAGAUA